UUUUUUGAUUUUUAAAACGAAAUAAAAUUUAAAAAUUCACCAUGGGAAUUAAAUUCCUAGAGGUGAUUAAACCAUUUUGUAGUAUAUUACCAGAAAUAGCCAAACCAGAACGAAAGAUCCAAUUUCGAGAGAAAGUAUUAUGGACUGCAAUUACUUUAUUCAUUUUCUUAGUUUGUUGUCAAAUUCCACUUUUUGGAAUUAUGAGUUCAGAUAGUGCUGAUCCAUUUUAUUGGAUACGUGUUAUAUUGGCAUCAAAUCGAGGUACAUUGAUGGAAUUGGGUAUUUCACCAAUUGUUACAUCUGGCCUUAUCAUGCAACUUUUAGCCGGUGCAAAAAUUAUUGAAGUUGGCGAUACACCUAAAGAUCGAGCGUUAUUUAAUGGAGCGCAAAAAUUAUUUGGUAUGGUUAUUACUGUCGGUCAAGCCAUUGUCUACGUCAUGACUGGAAUGUAUGGUGAUCCAUCUGAAAUCGGUGCUGGUGUUUGUUUAUUAAUUAUCAUUCAAUUGUUUGUGGCUGGAUUAAUUGUAUUAUUAUUGGAUGAAUUAUUACAAAAAGGUUAUGGUCUUGGUUCGGGUAUAUCAUUGUUCAUUGCAACAAAUAUUUGUGAAACAAUUGUUUGGAAGGCAUUCUCACCGGCUACCGUAAAUACAGGACGUGGUACAGAAUUCGAAGGUGCCGUAAUUGCAUUAUUCCAUUUACUUGCAACACGACAAGAUAAAGUACGAGCACUUCGUGAAGCAUUCUAUCGACAAAAUUUACCAAAUUUAAUGAAUUUGUUAGCAACAGUAUUAGUGUUUGCGAUUGUGAUAUACUUCCAAGGAUUCCGUGUUGAUUUACCAAUUAAAUCAGCCAGAUAUCGUGGACAAUAUAGCAGUUAUCCAAUUAAAUUAUUCUACACAUCAAAUAUCCCUAUUAUUCUUCAAUCAGCGCUUGUCUCCAAUUUAUAUGUUAUCUCACAGAUGUUAGCUGUUAAAUUCCAAGGAAAUUUCUUAAUUAACUUAUUGGGUGUGUGGGCUGAUGUUGGUGGUGGCGGCCCAGCUCGUGCGUACCCUGUUGGUGGUAUUUGUUACUAUCUAUCACCGCCAGAAAGUGUUGGACACAUCGUUGAAGAUCCAGUACAUGCCCUAUUAUAUAUUAUCUUUAUGUUGGGAUCAUGUGCAUUCUUCUCAAAAACAUGGAUUGAAGUAUCUGGAAGUUCAGCUAAAGAUGUUGCAAAACAAUUAAAAGAACAACAAAUGGUAAUGCGUGGACAUCGUGACAACUCAAUGAUCCAUGAAUUAAAUCGUUACAUACCAACAGCAGCCGCCUUCGGUGGUUUAUGUAUUGGUGCAUUAUCCGUUUUAGCUGAUUUUAUGGGUGCCAUUGGAUCUGGUACCGGUAUUUUAUUAGCUGUUACAAUUAUUUAUCAAUACUUUGAAAUAUUUGUUAAAGAACAAUCAGAAAUGGGUGGUAUGAGUACAUUACUGUUUUAAAGUAGUGUUUGUCAAUUUUUUUUUUUAUUUUGUCCAAAAAACAUCUCAUUUUCUGGAGAGGACAGAGAUCAACAUACUCACCUCUUUAGAAGUUCUCCCACUUCAUCAUUCAUCAUUUUUUAAAUUAGAAAUGUGUGUUGUGAUUGGUUUCACGAUUAAAAAUAAAACUUUGAAGUAACUUUGUGGAUAUGUUUAUUUUUCUGGAAAAUCAGCUUAUAUAGUAACUAUUUAUGGAUGAAAGAUGUAGGAAAUUUUUUUCAAAUAAAACAUGAAAUUAGAAGAAAUAACCGAAAUUAUUCGUUGACAUCUGGGAAUUAUAUUUUUGAAAUAUAUUGAUAAAAUCUUUUGUAGAUAUUAUUUACGUUUUUUCGGUUUAUGAAAGAUAAUUUCUACAAAAUUGAUUGAUAAUUUUUACCCAAACAGUGUGACAUUUCUGGUAUUACGUUAGUUUUCUUCUGUUAUUGCGCGUGUAAUUGGAUUUUGAGGGCAUAAUUUUGAUGGGAAAGUUAUUAAAUGUGGAUGCUAGUUAAAAUUAAUUUUGAUGUUGAAAAAUGAAGAAAAUUUCUUAUAACUUUCU